CAGAAGAAGAGCUGCUUUGUGCUUCCGGUCUGGAUUGAUGACUCUUCUCAGUCUCAGCUGCUGUUGGAUUAGGAUCGGGAUUAUUUUCACCGGGAGCCGGAAGUGUGAGGCAGCUUCCUGUCAGCUGACGUGCUGACUCGCUGAGCGUGCUCAGUCGGUGGGGGGGUUCCCUCCAAAACAGUCUACUGCAUCACAGCGAACCGUUUUGAAGUCACCAUGGUGCUCGCAGACCUGGGCAGGAAGAUCACGUCGGCACUGAGGUCCCUCAGCAAUGCCACAAUCAUCAAUGAAGAGGUAUUGAAUGCCAUGUUGAAGGAGGUGUGCGCCGCCCUGCUGGAAGCUGACGUCAACAUCAAACUGGUGAAACAGUUGAGAGAGAAUGUGAAGUCGGCCAUAGACCUGGAGGAGAUGGCCUCAGGUCUGAACAAGAGGAGGAUGAUCCAGCACGCAGUCUUCAAAGAGCUCGUCAAGCUGGUGGAUCCCGGCGUGAAGGCGUGGACUCCGACCAAAGGGAAAAACAAUGUCAUCAUGUUUGUUGGUCUUCAAGGCAGCGGGAAAACCACCACCUGCUCCAAGUUGGCGUAUUAUUACCAGAGGAAAGGCUGGAAGACGUGUCUGAUCUGUGCCGACACCUUCAGAGCAGGUGCCUUCGAUCAGCUCAAACAAAACGCCACCAAAGCCAGAAUCCCUUUUUAUGGCAGUUACACAGAAAUGGACCCUGUGGUCAUCGCCGCUGAGGGGGUGGAAAAGUUCAAAGGUGAGAACUUUGAGAUCAUCAUCGUGGACACGAGUGGACGACACAAACAGGAGGACUCGCUGUUUGAGGAAAUGUUGCAAGUGUCCAACGCUGUGCAACCAGACAACAUAGUAUACGUGAUGGACGCGUCCAUUGGACAGGCGUGUGAGUCUCAGGCUAAAGCCUUUAAGGACAAAGUGGAUGUGGCGUCUGUGAUUGUCACCAAACUAGACGGACACGCCAAAGGAGGAGGAGCUCUGAGCGCUGUGGCGGCCACCAGGAGUCCCAUCAUCUUCAUCGGAACAGGCGAGCACAUCGACGACUUUGAGCCGUUUAAGACGCAGCCGUUCAUCAGCAAACUGCUGGGCAUGGGUGACAUCGAAGGACUGAUCGACAGAGUGAACGAGCUGAAACUGGACGAUAACGAGGAGCUGAUCGACAAACUCAAACACGGUCAGUUCACGCUCAGAGACAUGUACGAGCAGUUCCAGAACAUCAUGAAGAUGGGACCAUUCGGACAGAUCAUGGGUAUGAUUCCAGGUUUUGGUACAGACUUCAUGAGUAAAGGAAAUGAACAGGAGUCGAUGUCCAGACUCAAGAAACUCAUGACCAUCAUGGACAGUAUGAAUGACCAAGGUAACACUACUAUACAAUCACUACACACUACACACACACCAUAUGAUGUGUGUCGUAU